UUUAGGACCCCGUGAAACUGCCGGUAUUUUGCAUAGCAUUUCUGGUCAAAUAUUAGCUGGUUACAAAACCAGUAGUUGGACCGGUAGGUUAUAUAUGAUAAGUAUCACCCGAGAGACGUGUUCGUAGUAAAAACUGACAGAAGACAACAUGGAGAGGACGGCCAGCCUUCCCAACCAGCCCGACAAAACCACCACGGUGACUCUGGUUGAGAGCAGCAGCAACCCCAGCGGGGUGCAACUGGUCAGUUCCUAUCAGACCAACAGAGUAGGAGACCCCACGGACCUCGUGGCCCUGGCAACACAAGUACAGAGGGGAGAUGAUUUCACUAAAGCCAACGCUUGCAGCAAACUGAUGGUCAUUGCUGACCAGAUCAGAUACUUGCAGGAACAGGCGAGGAAGGUUUUAGAAGAAGCUAAAAGAGAUGCCGACCUCCACCACGCUGCCUGUAACAUUGUGAAAAAAGCAGGCAACAUGUAUUACCUCUACCAGCGGCCAUCUGGACAGAAGUACUUCUCCAUCAUCUCCCCUAAGGAAUGGGGUCCCAGCUGCCCGCACACAUUCGUCGGCGCGUUCAAACUCCAACACGACAUGUCCUGGACCCCCGUGGACCAGGUGGAGAAGAGGGACGCCGAGAUCGCCAUCAUGGACAAACUUCUCCGCCAGCAGACGGCCCUGCCGCCGUACACAGAACCCAACUUCAGGGGCCUCUCCGAGUGAAGCACGGCCAGACGGGAGCGCCUGAAGGACGGGGGUUUUAAACUGCAGUCUUAAUGGACAGAAAUCCGUACAUGGAUCGCUGAUCUCAAAGCAGCUGUUAGUGUGUUGGUCACUUUCAUACACUGACUCAAGGAGAGACGCUACAGGUGAAUAGGGUAACAUCUGAACUGAUGAUGUCAUCAGUUGGUUGCUGACAUUUGUUGUAUUACAAGCUGUCUGAAAUUGUAUCUUUAAAUAUGCAAAUAGAGCAUUAUCUAAUUAAAAAUUUGCUAAUUUGCAUACUUUUACAGAACAGAAAUGUGAACAUUGGAUAAAGACAGUUCCAAAAUUCCUGUUUGAGUCAAAGGUUUUUAUGAAGGGACUUCUCUACAUCUCUCCUGUAUCACUCCAUGAAUCAGAAAAUACUCAACAGACAUUCAAAAAACAUUUUUAGUAAUAAAUGUGUAAUUCAGGCUCAGAACAUGGAGAGGAAUGAAAGUGUAAAGUUUGGUGUUUGGCUCUGAGUCUGAGGAAAAAAUAAUUUUGAGGAAACCGCCUUUAAAGAUGUUUUGUAAACUUACAGACAUUUUACUAUUGGUGAAUAUGGUUAAACAUUGAACUAACAUAUCAUGGAACCUCCACAGUUGAUUACUUUCAUUAAGAUUGAUUUUUGUUUUGUGAGAUUUUAUGACGAUGAGGCAUUAUCUGAUAACUUUCAGUUCAUUUAGGAAAAAUCUACAGAUGCAAAUAAAGUAAAAUAAAAACACUUUCAUGCGUUUUCUUUCCACGAGUCUGAAAGAAGACGUGAUGGAAGCAAAACACCCCAAAAUUCUAAACUGACCAGAUGUCUGUACUGUCACACAGUGUGCAAUGUAUUACUACAAGUUUACAUUUUUAUACACAGUGAUUGGUGAAGUUGAAUGCAUUGUCUCAACUUCAGGGUUCGUUCUCUAUAAAUAUAAAUACUAAAUGGAGCUACGCUGGCAGGCCUGUGCAUGGACACUAAUGAAGAAAUAAUAAAGAUUUGAAACCGUUUAGCGUCGUUUAUUGGUUGUCUAACAAACAUGUCAUGUAAAGCUGCACUGUGGAGUUUAAAUUCAGUGUUCGUCACCAGAACGCUGAGGAUGCUCAACCAACAUGAUAAAAGCAUGUACAGCUCAGCUGUGUUUGCUCUUUAAAUGAAUUGUUCAUUGUUUACAUCUCUGUGCUUCAUGUUACCACCAACAACUGUAGACCAGCAGAACAGCGUGAACCCAAC